AUGAGCGGUGGUCAAGGACGUGGAAGUGGCCGCGGAAGCGGUAGCAGUUCGGGUAAUGCGGAUAGAAAACGAGAUAUGAUGGGAACAAUCCAACCGGAUCUUUUUACUCGGCCAACUGGAGCUCCUAAAACUGGAACAUCUGGAACACCUGUGGAUACAUUGGUCAACUUCAUUCCCAUCGAUGUGACCGAAAAUGAUUAUUACAUCUAUCAAUAUCAUGUGGAAUUCGAACCACCAGUUGAUUCCAAGACGAUGCGAUCAAAAAUCCUCAGAGAUGACAAAAUUUUGAAUGAAAUCGGUGAAUUCAAUGUUUUCGAUGGAAUGAUCAUGUAUAUCAAAGAUGAAUGGAAAACAGCGCAAACAAUUGAAGUUGAACAUCCAAAUACUGGUGAACCGAUUGUGGUGAAAUUCAAACUGAGUCUUCGAUACAGUUUGAAUGAAGCCCAAACCAUCAAUGUCUUCAACACCAUUUUCCGUCGUUGUUUCGAUACUUUGGAAUUGCUUCAACUCGGUCGUAAUUAUUUCGACCAAUCGGAACAAAAAAGUGUUCGAUCACACAACAUGAAGGUUUUACCUGGAUAUGAAACGGCGAUUCGGCGGUACGAGAACCAAUUGAUGUUGUGCAUUGAAAAUCGCUUCAAAAUGAUGAGAAGCGAUAAUAUGUAUCAGCUGGUAAAUAUUUUUUGCGUUGUAGUACUAAAAAAUUUUGAAUGUUUCAGAUCAUUCGUGAGUAUCAAAACAGUGGCAACAAUAUCGAAAGAACUCAAGAAAAGAUCAAUGAGUUGUAUGGAGGUACAACAAUCACAUCAACGUAAGAUAAACAAUUCAUUUUUUUUCAAAUGAAUACUUUUGAAGGUACAACAACAAGCUGCAUCGUUUCACUCGACUCAGUUUCGAUUUGUCACCGUUGACCCCUUUCAAUCACAAUGGCAGAGAAAUCACUCUGAAGGAGUAUUUCUUCCAGCAAUAUAAAAAAGAAAUCAAAUUUGAUGAUCAACCGAUUAUCGUAUGUUUUUCAUCAUUAUCUCAUUCUCCAAUAAUUUAAUUUUAGAUUUCUGAAGGAAAGCCAAAACAACCAGGAGAGCCACCGCAAGUCAAUUAUCUCAUUCCGGAACUGUGCAACCCAACUGGUUUGACUGAUGAAAUGAGAAAGGACACACGGUUGAUGAAGGAAAUUGCUCAACAUACCCGUUUGUCUCCCGAACAACGUGUUGCUCAAACCAGACAUCUGAUCGAACGUCUCCUCAAAAAUCCGCACGUCAGACAAUGCUUGGAAUAUUGGGGAAUCACUGUUGGUUCGGAUUUGGCGAAUGUUGUAGCAAGACAGUUGCCGCAAGAAAAAAUCAUCGCAAAUGGUGACUACACUGGGCGAAAUGCUGAAUGGGCGCAAGGUGUCAAGCGUAAUGGUAUCUAUCGGGGAACUGAUAUGACUAAUUGGAUUGUUAUUGCUCCAUUGGCUGCUGGAGAAAUAAUCAACAAAUUCACACGUAAAUAUUUAUUUGAUUGUGUAUGUUUGAUUAGAAAGGUUAUUUUCAGAAGAAGUGAGACGUCUUGGUAGUACAGUGAACACACCUUUUGGUCAACCAUUGGAAGUUCCACUCAACGCCUAUAGUCCAACUGAUUAUAUCAACGCUUUGAAGGAAUCGUUGGAAAAGGUCAAAGGAUACGAUGUUCAUAUGAUUGCUGUCAUUCUCCCAGAUGACAACAAAACGAGAUAUGAUGUCGUCAAGAAAUUCCUUUGUGUUGAAUGCCCAAUUCCAAGCCAAUGCAUCAAUUUGCGAACAUUGCAAGGAAAGUCGACGGAUGGUUCGGAUAACAAGAAUUUCGGAUCAAUCGUCCUCAAAAUUGUUCUUCAAAUGAUUUGCAAAGGAGGUGGCGCAUUGUGGAAAAUUGAUAUCCCGGUCAGUUUUAUUUUUAAAAUUGUAUCAAAAAUUUUGAAUUUCAGUUGAAAGAUACAAUGAUCGUUGGUUACGAUCUCUAUCACGAUUCAACUCUUCGCGGAAAAACAAUCGGUGCGUGUGUUUCAACAACCUCGCCUGAUUUCACCGAAUUCUAUUCACAAACUCGACCACAUGACAAUCCAACCCAACUUGGAACAAAUUUGACACAUUUUGUGCGAAGUGAGUUUUUUUUUAAAGUAUAGGUUUCUGAAGCUAAAUUAAAUAUUUCAGAAGCUCUCAACAAAUAUUACGUGGCUAACAACAAGACCUUGCCAAAACGUUUGAUUUUGUACAGAGACGGAGCUGGAGAUGGUCAAAUUCCAUAUAUCAAGGAGACCGAAGUCAAGCUGGUUCGCGAUGCUUGCGACGAGAUCCAGCGAAAAGCAUACGGUGCAAACGCAGCUGCGAUUUCACCAAUCCAGGUUGCAUUCAUCAUCGUGACCAAGCGAGUCAACAUGCGCAUCAUGAAGUAAGUUACUUUAAUAUUUAAUUUUCAUGUCAAAUUUGUAUUUUUCAGGAAAGCUGGCGCAAGAGCUUGCAAUCCGGAUCCGGGAACUCUUGUCGACUCGGUUGUCACAAGACCCGAAAGAAUGGAUUUCUACAUGGUUCCACAAUUCGUCAACCAAGGAACUGUUACUCCAGUUUCCUACAACAUCAUUUACGACGACACUGGAUUGACACCGGACAAACAUCAUCGAGUAAGAAUUUUGCUUAAUUAAUUCUAAACGUAAUACAAAUUAUUUCAGAUGGCUUUCAAACUUUGUCACCUCUACUAUAAUUGGCAAGGAACCGUCCGUGUCCCAGCUCCAUGUCAGUAUGCGCACAAACUCGCAUUUUUGACAGCCCAAUCGCUUCACGAGGAUUCAAAUGAAGUUUUGAGGAAUAAAUUGUAUUUCCUCUAA